AUGGCGGGCCCCAGCCUGCGGCCGCACGUGCAUUGGGCGCAGCGGCACCGCGAGCUCUACCUGCGCGUGGAGCUGAGUGACGUGCAGAACCCGGACGUCGCCAUCACCGACAACGUGCUGCGCUUCAAAGCUCAGGGUCAUGGUGCCAAAGGGGACAACAUCUACGAAUUUGAGAUCGAGUUCCUAGAACCUGUUGAGCCUAAACCUGUGUGCAGGGUGACUCAAAGGCAGCUGAACAUCACUGUGCAGAAAAAAGAGAGUAACUGGUGGGAGAGACUCACCAAGCAAGAGAAGCGCCCGCUCUUCCUAGCUCCUGACUUCGACCGCUGGUUAGAUGAAUCGGAUGCUGAAAUGGAACUGAAAGAGAAGGAAGAAGAAAAGAUUAACAAAAUGAAAAUAGAAUCCAGAGUCCCAAAAGACCCUUUCAAACACCUGAAGAAGGGAUACUUAAUCAUGUAUAAUCUUGUACAGUUUUUGGGAUUCUCUUGGAUUUUUGUGAACAUGACAGUACGAUUGUUCAUCUUGGGAAGAGAUUCCUUCUAUGAUACAUUUCACACUAUUGCUGACAUGAUGUAUUUCUGUCAGACCCUGGCAUUAAUGGAGAUCGUGAAUUCACUAAUAGGACUAGUCAGAUCACCGCUGAUACCUGCUGUACUGCAGAUAUUUGGAAGAAACUUUAUUUUGUUUGUUGUCCUUGGAAGCUUAGAGGAAAUGCAGAGCAAGCCUGUGGUGUUCUUCAUAUUUUAUUUCUGGAGCAUCAUCGAACUGUUCAGGUAUCCAUACUACAUGCUUUCAUGCAUCGGUAUUGAAUGGAAACCACUAACCUGGCUCCGUUACACUACCUGGAUCCCUCUCUACCCUUUAGGAGUCUUGGCAGAAGCCGUCUGUAUCGUUCAAUCCAUUCCAAUCUUCAGUGAAACAGGGAAAUUUAGUCUGGGAUUGCCAAAUCCACUGAACGUCACAAUCCAGUUUUCAUUUUUGCUUCAAAUAUACCUUAUAGCCUUGUUUUUAGGGGUAUUUGUAAACUUCCGUCAUCUCUACAAGCAAAGGAAACAGCACCUCGGACCAAAGAAGAGAAAGAUGAAGUAAAGGAGGACUGCAAUGCUUUCUUAUCUAACUUAUCUCAAUGACAAGAUAAGCCUCUAAUUCUUACGGUUUUACCCACUGUAAAGAAUUUUGUAAAAUUAAAUGAUCACGCUAGA